AUGAGCAACUGUGCGAAAUGGCUGGAUCUCGAUCCUGGUUUCGCCUCCGGCGUAGGUAGAGACGGGCAUGAAUCAAUGACGUCCCGGAAGACGCAGCAGGAGAUUGACAAGACCUUCAAGAAGGUCGCUGAAGGCAUUCAAACAUUCGAGGGUAUCUAUGAGAAGAUCCGGUCAACAUCAAAUAUCACGCAACGGGAUAAGCUCGAGGAGAACCUGAAACGGGAGAUCAAGAAGUUACAACGAUAUCGUGACCAAAUCAAGUCAUGGGCAUCAGGAAACGAGGUCAAGGAUAAGGGGCCGCUGCUAGAGCAGCGCAGGGCCAUUGAGACUUGCAUGGAACAGUUCAAGGCAGUAGAGAAGGAGAUGAAGACAAAGGCAUAUUCGAAAGAAGGGUUGUCGGCUGCAUCGAGAUUAGAUCCUAAAGAGAAGGAGAAGGUCGAGACUUGCGACUUCCUAUCGAAUAUGGUGGACGAGCUGCAACAGAAGAUCGAGGCCUUCGAAGCGGAAGAGGAAACGCUUCACAUGCAAAUGAAGAAGGGCAAGAAGGACGUGGCCAAGACGAAUCGCCUAUCAGACCUUUCACGCUUAACAGAACGCCAUAAGUGGCAUGUCAACAAGUUGGAACUGUUGCUACGGUCGCUGCAGAACGGCAACCUCGAAGUUGCUCAGGUGCUGGAUAUCAAGGAAAGCAUUAAGUACUAUGUGGAGGAUGGGCACAACAUUGACUACUCUGGUGAGGAUGAAACCUUGUACGACGACCUGAACCUGGACAACGAGGCAGAGGUGCAGUUCGGCAUGACAGGGGACAACGAUAAAGUAUCCUCGCAAGACACCCAGUCGAUCCAAGACGAGGAGCCGGAAAUCAAGCCCAAGGUCAACAAGGGUGAGAGCGCAGGAUUACGAAGGCCAUCUGCACAGAUGAAGUCCCCUCUACCUGUGUUAGCAACACUUCAUCCGUCGACCUCCACGACUGCCGCCUCAGGCAUGAAACCCGCACCACCGCCUACCCGCCUCCCCGGAGAAACACUCAAGUACGCGUCCGCUGCCGCUGCAGCUGCUGCAAGUGACAAGAACGGGGUGGGCAUUGCACCACUUCCGCCACCUCCAGGCGCAAGCCCCGCUUUCCCGCACGCUGUGCCUGCAAACAAAGCUUCAGCCACUGCCUCGCCGAGCGUUGCAUCGGUACAACCUACUACAUCCAAGGCCGCGCCGGUUCUCACGAUAGCGGCGGAGGACAUCACCGGUGCACGAUCAAAAACACCUUCUGUCAGCCCCAACGUGGCUGCUGCGAGCACAUCGUCACAUACAAUGGAUAAAGUUGAGGCCCCAGCAGCUGCCAAGGAGCAACCUGCGACGAACGGUGAGGCGACGAGUAAGCCAGAGGAGCAGGAGCCGGAGCAGGAGAGCGAGGAAUCGAUCUUCCACCUGCCUCCCGGCCUGCAGGAUCUUAUUCAGUCGUUCGAGGUCACGAGGUCCCGGGCGUCAGCAAGCGCAGCCAACGCCUCCCCGUCAGUGCAGCGCAUGCUUGCAACAUCCCUCGCGAACUGCCCGGAGCCUGCCGAUGCGGAGAAGCCUCGUCAUUACAAGCCUCAAAACCCUUACAAUACGCCUUUAUACUAUCCUCAGGAACCGCUCUCCAUCUUCGAUGAUCCGCGCUUGUACGAGACCGGGCGCAUCGACACGGAUACACUGUUCUACCUGUUCUACUACCGACAAGGCAGUUACCAACAGUAUCUCGCGGCCAAGGCGUUGAAGAACCAGAGCUGGCGCUUCCACAAACAGUAUCAAACCUGGUUCCAACGUCACGAGGAGCCGAAGACGAUCACGGAGGAGUUUGAGCAGGGCACAUAUCGCUUCUUCGAUUAUGAGAGUACAUGGAUGAACCGUCGCAAGGCUGACUUCAAGUUCGUCUACAAAUACUUGGAAGAUGAACUGUAA